AUGUAUUGGCAGUCAAACUUUUCGACGUCGACGGCCUUAGCGCGUUAUUAUAUUAAAGAAUGCCACGGAAGAAAUGAGCCCGUUGACAAAGAUGAUUUACUAAAUAUAGAUGAUAAAAAUUGGAAUACGAUAGUGUGUCGAAGGUGUGGAGCUGUAAUAUUUCCAGAGGAUCGUGUGAAAUACCUAGAAGAUUACACAGUGGAGUUGCCAGAAAUGGUUCCUGGAGGCAGAGGAUCGAUUGUAAAAGAGAAAAUUUCAUGGUGGUGGUAUACAAAGAAUGACAAAGAUUUUGAUACUAUUGGAUUUUUUUGAGACGUGAUCGACAAUAAGAUGACAUUACUAUGCGGUGAUUGUGAGUUCGGCCCAAUAGGUUUGCGAACAAUGGAUGACAAAGAGUUUUGGAUUGCCGUUGAAAGAGUUUGUUACGAAGAUAGA